UAACUUAUGUGAGUCUCCAGUAUUCAAGGGUGGAAGGCUCUGCAGUGGGAUGGGAAGUUCGAGUUUGAGGUAGGCCUCUAACUUUGAUUGUUAUUAAAGCAAGUUGAUGAGGUGUUAAUGUCCUGAGAGUGGCUUGUCCUGUAAUCGUCCUCAGUAUAAGAUUUUUUUAACUGGAAGGGAAGAAUAAAGGGCCCUGAAACAGCCCUUUAUUAUAAAUGUUAGGAGGCCCCUUGGGUAGGUCAUGGGAAACAAGGCUUUGGAAUUUUAGUAACUAAGACAGAGUGCGAGACUAGGGAAGUGACUUAGUUGUGUGGUGUGGUCCUAAUGCGAAGGUAAGAGCUGGGUCCUUUGCGUCUAUGACUUUGCACAAAUACAGAGAAUCUUUGGCCGCAUGCCCUAACACAGCCAUCGCACACCGGCACAAGACAGUACCAGUACGCAGUGACCAGAGUGCUGGAAUCCUGCCUACCUAGGCAGUUUUCUUAAAGGGAGGGCCACUGGAGCACAAGGUGGUGACCUGCUUGCAAAACCCUUCGGCCUCGCUGUAGCUCCUCCCAACUUCAAUUUCUUCAUCUGAAAGGGCCAGGAGUAGCGCGGUUAGGAGUGCAGUCACUCUGGUCUGUUGGCUCGGACUGGAACCUAGAUGUGAGAACUUGGCCAGCUCCCUCGCUUCUGAGUCUCAGUUUCCCCAUCUGUAGGAAAGAGGCAGGAAGAUGUGCAAGCCCCGCGCGGUGGAGGCGGCGGCAGCGGCGGUGGCGGCGACGGCCCCGGGCCCGGAGAUGGUGGAGCGGAGGGGCCCGGGGAGGCCCCGCAGCGACGGGGAGAACGUGUUUGCUGGGCAGUCAAAGAUCUAUGCCUACAUGAGUCCGAACAAAUGCUCUGGAAUGCGCUCUCCACUUCAGGAAGAGAACUCGGUUGCACAUCACGAGGUCAAAUGCCCAGGGAAACCAUUAGCUGGAAUCUACAGGAAGCGAGAAGAGAAAAGAAACGCCGGGAACGUUAUCCGAAAUGCCGGGAAGUCAGAGGAACAGAGGAGCAAAGAUACCAGGAGGGGUCCCCUGGCGCCUUUUCCAAACCAAAAAUCUGAAGCAGCAGAACCUCCAAAAACUCCACCCCCGUCAUGUGAUUCUCCCAAUGUAGCGGUCGCUAAGCAAGCCUUGAAAAAGCCCCUGAAGGGCAAGCAGGCCCCUCGGAAAAAGUCUCAGGGGAAAACCCAGCAGAACAGAAAACUCACAGAUUUCUACCCUGUGCGAAGGAGCUCCCGGAAGAGCAAAGCGGAGCUGCAGUCUGAAGAAAGGAAGAAAAUAGACGAGUUGAUUGAGAGUGGGAAGGAAGAAGGCAUGAAGAUUGAUCUAAUUGAUGGCAAAGGCAGGGGUGUGAUUGCUACCAAGCAGUUCUCUCGGGGAGACUUUGUGGUAGAAUACCAUGGAGACCUCAUUGAAAUCACCGAUGCCAAGAAGCGGGAGGCCCUGUACGCACAGGACCCCUCCACGGGCUGCUACAUGUAUUAUUUCCAGUAUCUGAGCAAAACCUACUGCGUGGAUGCCACUCAAGAAACGAAUCGCCUGGGGAGACUCAUCAAUCACAGUAAGUGUGGGAACUGCCAGACCAAACUGCAUGACAUCGACGGCGUGCCUCACCUCAUCCUCAUCGCCUCCCGAGACAUCGCAGCUGGGGAGGAGCUCCUGUACGACUAUGGGGACCGAAGCAAGGCCUCCAUCGAGGCCUACCCCUGGCUGAAGCACUAACCAUGUGGCCUCCCUGCCUCCCUGCCACCCUGCCUCCUUCAAAGGACAAAGUGCCCUCAAAGGGAAAUGAAAUUUUUUACACACACACACACACACACACAGACACACUUACUCUUAGCUAAUUACUUCAAAUGUUUUUAAAAAGUAUAUUAAAGAUGCCUUUUCAUGUAGUAUUUAAAUAUCUGUUACAGGUUUCCAAGGUGGACUUGAACAGAUGGCCUUAUAUUACCAAAACUUUUAUAUUCUAGUUGUUUUUGUACCUUUUUGCAUACAAGCUGAACGUUUGUGCUUCCCGCGCAGUGUAAGACUCGGCACAGGUUUUAGAGAAUGGAGUUGAACAUGAACUAGGAAGCCGGGCUCUGCCCAAGAUGAAAGCCAGGACUCCCCCGCACCCCACGUCCAAGGACAGGCCGGUGCGAGGGUGCUGCCACCCCCACGCCCAGCCUGGACGGGAUGUCUCCAAGCUCUUGCCCUCCUCAGCGUCCUGACAGGCGUACACACCAAUGUGUGUGAUUAUUUUUUAGCAAAAGUUUCACAGUAAGCUAGUCUUCCCCUCUGCUUUACUCCAAAGCUUACUGAGCCCGGGGUUCGGAGGCCCGGCCAGGAACAGACCUCCUCCACAGGCUACGGCUUUACCAGGCACCUCGAAGCGUCAGGGUGGACAGUCAGACUAGAGGCGGGCCGGGAAAAGCACUGUUCUCCUGCCCAAGAAGGGCAGGUCUCCUGAAACUGCAUUAAUUCUUUAUAGAAAUGUGAACACUGAAUUUAUUUUAAAAAAAUAAUAAAAACAAAACAUUAAAAAAAUAAAAAAAAAUGAAAAAAUGGAAAAAAAAAACACCCACAGAAAACAACUUAACAUGUAUAUAGGUUUUUUGAAGGGAGUGAAAUGAAUGCGGUUUUCUUUUCUUUGGGGUUUAUUUUAUUUUUUCUUUUUGACUUGGCUGGUUGGUUUGUGUAGAGAAGAUUUGAAAUGGUACUCUAUUCUAAUCAAAAGUGAGGUUUUGUAGUGGGACCAGAAAUUACUAAGCCCACUCCCCGUCCCCAACCCCAGUUCUGCUGUGUGGGAAGUUCUCUGCCUGCUGUCGAGGCAGAACCCCUGGUAUCCCAUGAAGAUGCCGUCGACUGUCAGUCUGGGACCCCUGCGAGCAUCAGGCCCAGAUGUGUUUGGCACUAGGGUACCUGGCCGCCAGCAAGGCUUGGCCAGAGAACCAGGAUACUUGUGUUUUGACCUGAGAGAGCAAGAGCAGGUGGCUUCCUUCUCCCUCCCUGGGGAGGGCUAGCCAUUCACCUUCAGUCCAGGGGACUGGGGUUCGGGAGCCAGGUCUGAGAACCUACCCUUGUCCCCAGCACCCCAUCUCCCAGCCUCAUGAUGGUGCUACCUAAGAAAGUCUUCCCCGCACCCUUCGCCAGCCCAGUCAGUGGUCAGACUUGGAGGAGGAUCCGACAGGAGGGUGGAACUGUGAGAUAAAAAAUGUCUUGGUUGUACCUGUUUGUGGCUUAGCUUUGUAUUUAAAUAGCAAACAAAAGAGGAAAUAAACUUGAAACUUAUUUGUCAUCUUAAGAAUAAAGCAAAAAAAUUAAAAUAUUUAUUGCCAGGCAA